GACUUCCGGCGCGACGUGGAAUCGGCGGCGGCGGCGGCGAGGAAAGGUGGCCGCGCGCGAUGCAGGGGGCGCGGCACGUUGUGUGCGCCGUGUCGGGCGGGGUGGACAGCGCUGUGGCCGCGCUGCUGCUGAGGCGGAGAGGUUACCAGGUGACAGGGGUGUUUAUGAAGAACUGGGACUCACUGGAUGAGCAUGGAGUUUGCACGGCUGACAAAGACUGCGAAGAUGCUUACAGAGUUUGCCAAAUCCUAGACAUCCCCUUCCAUCAAGUGUCCUACGUGAAGGAGUAUUGGAAUGAUGUGUUCAGUGAUUUUUUAAAUGAAUAUGAAAAAGGAAGAACUCCCAAUCCUGACAUAGUCUGCAACAAGCAUAUCAAAUUCAGUUGUUUUUUUAAUUAUGCUGUGGAUAAUCUUGGAGCAGAUGCAGUCGCUACGGGUCACUAUGCAAGAACGUCCCUGGAGGAUGAAGAGGUCUUUCAGCAGAAGCACAUUAAGAGGCCAGAAGGGCUUUUCAGAAAUCGAUUUGAAAUUAGAAAUGUGGUAAAACUUCUCCAAGCAGCUGACAGCUUUAAAGACCAGACCUUCUUUCUCAGCCAGGUUUCCCAGGAUGCCCUGAGGAGAACCCUCUUCCCCCUGGGGGGAUUAACGAAAGAUUUUGUAAAGAAAAUAGCUGCUGAGAAUAGUCUUCAUCAUGUGCUUCAGAAAAAAGAGAGCAUGGGCAUCUGUUUCGUUGGUAAAAGAAAUUUUGAAAAUUUCAUUCUUCAGGUGAGUGGUUUUUGGUGCAAAAGGAUGCAGCCACGUUUCUGCUCUGGACCGGGAUCCGUUAGUAAUGAGACGUUUGUUUUCCAGUACUUACAGCCUCGACCUGGUAAAUUUAUUUCUAUAGAAGACAAUAAAGUUCUGGGAACGCAUAAAGGUUGGUUCCUGUAUACUUUGGGCCAGAGAGCCAAGAUAGGUGGCUUACGGGAGCCCUGGUACGUGGUGGAGAAGGACAGCGCCAGGGGCGACGUGCUCGUGGCCCCCCGGACAGACCACCCGGCCCUGUACAGGGACCUGCUGCGGACCGGCCGCGUGCACUGGGUGGCGGAGGAACCGCCCGCAGCCCUGGUCCGCGACAAGAUGAUGGAGUGCCACUUCCGGUUCCGCCACCAGAUGGCGCUAGUGCCCUGCGUGCUGACCCUCAAUCAAGACGGCACUGUGUGGGUGACGGCCGUGAAGGCCGUGCGGGCUCUCGCCCUGGGACAGUUCGCUGUGUUCUACAAAGGGGGCGAGUGCCUGGGCAGUGGGAAGAUCCUGCGCCUGGGGCCAUCCGCCUACACACUCCAGAAGGGCAGGAGCACACCCAGUAUGGCCGUGGAGGGCUCCGGCAGCGGCCGGGGUGACAGCCCGGGCCGGGGUACCACGCUCUGACAGAGGCCGAGCGGCUGCUGCGGAGCUCGCGGGAGGAGACGUGGAGGAGCGGAGCCGGGGGCAGGGCCGCCGGGGGCUCGGCCACUGCUGCCCGCACCUGCCGCCCCAGUCCUGGCCCGGCCGGCCAAGCUUCCGGGCCGCUUCAGAGCCAGGGAGAGCCCGUCCUCUCUGCUCGCUGGCCGGCGGGUCUGUCCCAAGUGCCCCAUGGGUGGAGUUCCUCUUUCGCACCCCCUAGAAAGAGACAUUUGGAGGGGGAUGGCUGGGCUGCAGGGGCAGCACCCAAUAAAAACUCUGUCCGGGGUCUGGAUUCUGAUGGCUUCCAGUGGGGUGGGGCCUGGGUGGGCCGUCCCGGGGGCUCCACGGCACUGGCCACGUGUGGGGAGGCGGGUGUGUGUGCUGCACGGGAGAGCGAUGGAAUCCCCCCUUCCUCCGCCUCCGUUCACGGCUGUGCCCACCCUUACCUGUGGUAGAGAACGUGUGACGGGCCUUGAGCUGAGUCCCAGCCUGCAGGGUGUCUGAGGGGGACAGUGGGGCCUUGAGGCCACUCUGAGGGGCGGCGGCUCUGCCCCGAGUCCAGGCAGCUGCGCGGGAGCCUCCCCUCCCCCUGCAGAGUGCCCGGCACCCUGGCCAGUCACGUCGAGAGCUGAAGGGUAGCUUAUAGACAAGGGAAGUUUAUUUCUCACGGUUGUGGAACCUGGAAGUCUGAGGUCAGGGUGCCGGCUCCGACGGGGGAGGGUCCUCUUACGGGUGGCCGGUGGCCGUCUUCUCGCUGUGUCUUAGCGUGGUGGAAGGGGCAGGGGUUUUUCUGGGACCCCCCCACCCCCGGCCGUGCCGCGCAGCUUGUGAGAUCUCCGUUCCCCCACCAGGGACUGAACCCGGGCCCUCGGCAGUGAAAGUGCUGCAUCCUAACCACUGGACCACCAGGGAGCUCCCUGUGGCCUCUGAAGAACACCUGUCCGCUUCGUGAGGGCCCCACCCUCAAGACCCAAUGGCCGCCACCACCUCAGGGCUAGGGUUUCAACCUGUGCCCUUCGGGACACAAACACACGCCAUAGAGCAUGUGCGCGUUUAGUGCGGUGGGCGGCUCGCCGGGCGCUGAGUGGCAGAUGAGAGCACCUUGGGAGCUGGCUCUGGCCGCGGGCAUCUUGGGGUGGCCGUUGUCCUGCCGUGGGCGGUUGAAAGGCCCGCUGCGGAGCCACCGCAGGACUUGGAGGCGGGAGGCUUGGAGAUGCUCCACCGGGCCUCUCCCGGGGGAGCGGUCAGCUGGGUCAGGCGGGGGUUGGCCCCGUCUGGGGAGCCGCCACGGUGGGAGGAGGGGCGGGUGGAGGCAGUCGGCAUGGACACAGGCCAGCAGAGGGGAGGCCGCCCUUCUAGCCUCCAGACGGCUCUUCCCGUCCUGCCAGCCCGACGCCAGGCCUCCAGCCAGCUCGGCCAGUGGAGGCGGGAGGAGGGAGCACAAGCCUGCCGCUGCCCCAGGGUCACCAGGCCUCACCCUUGGCUGCGCCCAUGGCAGCCUCCGGGCCGCAGUACCACCUUCUCUCUGGGGGCACAGCUGACAGACUCUGGGAGGCCUCUGGGCAACGCCUCAGAGACUCAGGUGUAGCUGUUGGCCAGGGGGCACCACUGGGCCGAGUUCGUGGCCUGGGCCUCUGGCUUCCCCCAGACUCCAGGGCUGCACCCCCAGGUGACCUUCAGAGGGGCUGGGGCUGAGAAGUGGGUGGGCUUCCCCUCCCCCUUUCCCACACAGGUGCCCCGCUGCCAGGGCCCGGUCACUCCCACACCAUCGAUAACGAGAGAAGGGGCCAGAGCCGGAUGCUUUCACGCACCGACUCCCGGCCUUUGAUGUAAACAAGAGCUUCCCCGCACCCACCCACCCCCUCCUCUCCCCACAUCAUUUCCAGGGUAAUCUCAGCGAGACAGACCCUAGAACCGGGCCUGUGCUUCGCUCCUUGAAGGCUCGGGUCAGGGUCAACCCCCGGGGCCUGUCUUCUGCCCACGUCCCCAGAAGCCUUUGCAAGCCCCAGACCUCCCUGCACCCCCAGUGUCUACAGGCUUGACCCAAGGAUGGCCCCAACCUCUGGAGCUGUGUGGCCAGCACUGGGGCAAGGACUCCAAGAGAGGCCUGGGAAGGGGGGGCCCUGUGGGCUGAAGAGUGUGUGGGAUCCCCCACUGUCUUCUCUUUGCUCCCACUGAUUUUCCCCAAAGGUAGCCCCAGGUGGGUGGAAGUGAGGCAGUGCAGGCAGCUAGAACCCUGGAAGAAACCCAUCUUUUUGGAUAGAGGAACCAAGAAAAGGGGCCCUAGGAGUAACAGUGUGUGAGGCAAAUCCCAGAGAGGAGAGAGUGCUGGCGGAAUGGACCCCUCGCUUUCCAUAUAUACUGAACAGGUGCUGGCUCACCCUGAGUUGGAACAGACCCAAAGCAGCAUAUGAAAGGCUUUGAGGGCAGAACGGACAUAAACCACCCCAAGUCCUAGACUAACCGAGUGACAGGUGUGCAGAGUGGACCCAAGGCGGCACAGCAAAGUCACAGCCACAGGAGACAGAACUUGUGGUCUGAACCUAAUGGGGUUGACUGCAUUCUAGAACAAACAACUGACAUCUGCCAGCGGAUCUUAACAGGACCCUGAGGCUCAUGAUGUAACUGAAUCAAAGAUGUCAAUCAAGGAUUCAGUUUGAAAUUAGCCAGCCUACAAAGAACCAGGAAACACCAAGAGAAAAGAAAACAGAUUGCGGCCCCAAGAUGACCCAGAUGCCCAAAUUACCAAGGAAUUUAAAGCAUCUGUUAUAAUCAUGCUCUAUGAGGUAAAGGUAAACACUCUUGAAAUUCACGGAAAACUAGAAGUCUUCAGUAGAGAAAUAAAAGUAAUAAAAAGGAACCAAAUGGAAAUUUUAGAACUUAAAAUUACAAUAUUUUAAGUUAAAAAAAAAUCACUGGAUAGGCUCAAUAGCAGAAUGGAGAUGAUAGAGGAAAGAAUCAGUCAACUUGAAAAUUGAUCACUAGAAAUGAUCUAAUCUGAAGAACAGAGAAAAAAAGAGUGAAAACAGAUGAACAAAGCCUCAGGAACCAGUUGUGUUCACUGGCGUCCCAGAAGGACAGGAAAAAGAGAUUGGUGCAGGAAAAUAAUUUUGAAGUGUGAGGUGCAAGAGUCUGGAUGAGCAGGAAAUGAAUAGAAAGUUCCGGAAUGGCUCCUGCUCCCCCCCGGCUUGUCAGCAUCCUGUACAUGGUCCCUUUUCUAGGGCUGCCUUAGGAAGGGGCGGGAACAUGGAUGCAGGAGUGGGGGUAAAACCAGACAGCAGAAGUACAAAUUCAAAAAAAUCUUAAUUUAUUGUAGACUCUUUCCUCAUUUGUGUUGCAAUUCCAGUGUUCUGAACAUUAAUAAAUACA